GCUUCCAGCCAUAGCCUCGACGGGCAUCGCGGCUGUCUUGACUACCCUCCUUUACUUCAAGCAAAAGUAGGUCCGCUCCCAAGUCCAGGUGACCGCGGUCCCCACCCACAUGGCUAACCUAACGGUGCGCCCUGCAGGGCUCUAAUCUACCCCUCGCAGAUACCUGCCAACUCUCGAACGGACGUCCCAAGACCCUCGCAGUAUGGCAUUAAGGAUUUCGAGGAACUGGUCAUACCCACAAAUGAUGGAGAGAAGCUGUCGGCAUUCUACAUUCGGGGCCCGCGCGGCGGGAACAACUCCAACGUCACCAUCCUCAUGUUCCAUGGAAAUGCCGGCAACAUUGGCCACCGCCUGCCCAUUGCCCGCAUGCUUAUAAACUUUAUCGGAUGCAACGUCUUCAUGCUCGAGUAUCGCGGCUACGGCUUAUCGACCGGAGAGCCCGACGAAUCUGGCCUUUUUAUAGACGCGCAAACCGCCCUCAACUACCUCCGCUCUCGCGCAGAGACGAGCAAGCACAAGCUGAUUAUCUACGGACAAAGUCUGGGCGGUGCCGUCAGUAUCAAGCUGGUCGCAAAAAACCAAAAGGACGGGGAUAUCGCCGGGCUGAUCUUGGAGAACACCUUCCUCUCCAUGCGCAAACUGAUCCCCUCCGUUUUACCACCGGCUAAGUACUUGACUCUUCUGUGUCAUCAGGUGUGGCCGAGUGAAUCGCUCAUACCCACCAUCACGUCCGUGCCGAUCCUGUUUCUUUCGGGGUUGCAGGACGAGAUGAUACCACCCCGUCACAUGCGCCAACUUUACGAGCUCUCUGCAGCGCCCACGAAAAUUUGGAAGCCCCUGCCCGCGGGGGACCACAACUCGAGCAUGCUGGAGGAGGGCUAUUUCGAGGCCAUUUCAGACUUCCUCGAGAAUGUCGCCGGCGUCACAAGCAAGGAGGAGAAGCAGCGCCUUUAGGAGGGGUUCGUGGAAGCCGAAGAACUGUUCGAGAGGCACGUGGCGCAGAUACUAGAGGAAGAGGCGGACCAGGAAUCCGUCUUCACUGCCAUGUCCAGGCUACUACACUGUCGGAGCCCGCCUCUCCGGCCGGCUGAAGACGGGUCUAUCCGGAGUUGGCAACGGUGAGGCAGAGGGACAGAAACACGAGAGCUGGAAACGGUCAUGACGACAGGCGCUCUCCUCGAACCUGCCAACCACGUCUUUGUUCCAGUCAAGAAUGAUACCCCCCCCCCCCCCCCCCCUCC